CGUCCAGCAGCUGAUCGGUAAUCCAGAAGAAGUUUCCCCUCAGUUAGGGGGGAGCUCCACUUUGAAGCAGGAGACUCCACAACCACCCUGCAUUAAAAAGGAAGAGGAGGAACUCUGCAUCACUCAGGAGGGAGAGUGUCUUCUAGGACGAGAGGAAGCUGAUUACACCAAGUUUCCACUGAAUGUUAUCUUUGUGAAGACUGAAGAUGAUGAAGAGAAACCACAAGUUGACAACCUCUUAGCUCCACUAUCAGAUAGUGAGGCUGAAGACGAGGUUGAAGAACCUUUGAGCAGCGAUAAAGACUGUGAAGGUGAUAUGAGGACUCACACUGACAACAAACACUCUGAAUGCUCUACAAAGAAGAGAGGUAAAACAUGUUUGAGCUGCUCAGUUUGUGCUAAAAGUUUUACUAAAAAGAGCCAUUUGACUCGACACAUGAGAACACAUACAGGAGAAAAAACAUUUAAGUGUUCAGUUUGUGGCAAAAGUUUUUCUCGAAAUAGCAUUUUGACUGAACACAUGAGAACACACACAGGAGAAAAGCCAUUUACAUGUUCAGUUUGUGGCAAAAGCUUUUCUCGAAACACCAUUUUGACUAAACACAUACGAACACACACAAGAGAAAAACCAUUUAAUUGUUCAAUUUGUGUCAAACGCUUUUCUCAAAAUUGCCAUUUGACUGAACACAUGAAAACACACACAGGAGAAAAGCCAUUUGAGUGUUCAGUUUGUGGCAAAAGCUUUUCUCGAAAUAGCCAUUUGACUGAACACAUGACAACACACACAGGAGAAAAAACAUUUAUUUGUUCAGUUUGUGGCUACAGCUUUUCUCAAAAUAGCUCUUUGACUCAACACAUGAGAACACAUACAGGAGAAAAAACAUGUUAUUGUUCAGUUUGUGGCAAAAGCUUUUCUCGAAAUAGCUCUUUGACUGAACACAUGAGAACACACACAGGAGAAAAAACAUUUAAUUGUUCAGUUUGUUUCAAAAGCUUUUCUGUUAAGAGUAAUUUGUCUGAACACAUGAGAACACACACAGGUGAAAAACCUUUUAAUUGUUCAGUUUGUGGCAAAAGUUUUUCUGUUAAGAGCAAUUUGACUGAACACAUGAGGACACACACUGGACUAAAACCAUUGAAUUGUUCAGUGUGUGGUACAAGCUUUUCUCAUAAAGGCUCUUUGUGGCGACACAUGAGAACACACGCUGGAGAAAAAACAUUUAGUUGUUCAGUGUGCUGUAAAAGGUUCACACAUAAUAUAGACGCAGUAAAACACAUAAGAACACACAAGGGAAAAUAACCAAUUAGCUGUUUAGUUUGUGGUAUGUUGCUCAUAUGUGGCGACAUCCACCCUACCCAGGACCUCCUCACUGCUUCUUUCACAAAUAUCUGAGGUAUUCAUACAAACUUGGAUUAUUUGGAGCAUAAUCUUAUCUACUCAUGACCCCAUGUCUUCUCUGUAUUUGAAACCUUCCUGAACAGUAAGAUAGAUGAUGCUUCAAGUGCUUGGUUACUCCUUCUUCAGUCCAGGGACCUGGGGCCUCAUGUGUCAAGUUUGCGCACGCUCAAAAACCUGCACUACACCCUUUUUCACUGCAAAGUUGAGAUGUAUCAAAACUGACGUUGACACAUAAGUGAUGCUGGGUAACUGUUUGCAUAACAAACUGCCAACUUUUACUCCUCAGACUGAUUGAUGUGCAAAUCAGAGACAUAUGAACAAUUAACCCCCAACACCCACAACCCAACCCCCACCUCCCUCGACAUUCGGGCAUAACAGGUUCAAUCCGGCCCGCGAGAUGAGUUUGCAAAGUGUAAAAUUCAGCUGCAUUUUUUUAUGAAAUAAUCUGCUGUUCUAAAUGUGUCCACUGGAUGUCGCAAUAACAAUUCUGUUAGGCAAGCAAGUAGUUUAUACCGGGGCGAGCAUGUAUACCAAGCAAGAGGUACACGGUAAAGCGGGGCUGUGAUUCCUCCCCCUUGACCCAACGUAAAACAGGAGUAAAAUAACCAAUCAGUAACCCCACUUAAAAUACAAUAGAAUGGUAGAGUUUUAUUGUCAUUAUUACAGUGAACUGGUUCAAAAAACAAUAUAAUUGGAGCAGAUCCCCUAAGGUGCAUACACAAUAAUUUAGUAAUACAGGCAUGUGAUUUUUCCGUCUAAAGUCGGAAUUCCGUC